CAGGACCCGCCGGAGCCGCCGCCGCCGCUGCUGCCGCUGUGUCGCCUCGGCUCCCGCCGCUCCCCCGGCACCGAGACACCGCCGCCGCCUCGCCCGGCUCCCCGCGGGGAAGGAUGCGCUAGGGCACAGCAGUGUAAGACUGGAAACAUCUGGGCUGAAUGGACUUUAGCAUCAAGAGAAGUUCUCAACUGUUAACUCAAAAAAUUAACUACAUCAAAAUGAAGCAGGUACCAGAGAUCCUCGGAAAUACCAAUGGGAAACCACAGAAUUGUGAAGUGAAUCGUGAAUGUUCCGUCUACUUGGGCAAAGCACAACUUUCUGCCACUCUGCAGGAAGGGGUCAUGCAAAAAUAUAAUGGCCAUGAGACUCUUCCAUUCAUUCCAGCUGAAAAAUUGAAAGAUCUGACCUCCCGCGUGUUCAAUGGCGAGUCCGGGGCCCAGGAUGCGAAGCUGCGCUUUGAACCCCAGGAAAUAAAGGGAGUUGGAACACCACCCAACACUACUCCUAUCAAGAACGGCUCCCCAGAGAUAAAGCUGAAAAUCACUAAAACCUACAUGAAUGGAAAGCCUCUUUUUGAAUCUUCCAUUUGUGGAGACAGCAGUGCAGAUGUGUCUCAGUCAGAGGAGAACGAACAGAAGCCAACAAACAAGGAGAGGAGAAACAGAAAAAGAAGCAUAAAAUAUGACUCUUUACUUGAGCAGGGUCUUGUUGAAGCAGCGUUAGUAUCGAAGACUUCAAGCCCCACUGAAAAGAAGGCUCCUGCUAAGAGAGAUCCGACUCAAAGUACCACCAAAGAAGAAAAAGUGCAUCUGUUGAAGUAUAAUGUAGGAGAUCUAGUGUGGUCAAAAGUGUCUGGUUUCCCAUGGUGGCCAUGUAUGGUUACUGCUGAUCCUGUUCUCCAUUCCUACACUAAACUAAAAGGACAGAAAAAGAGUUUUCGUCAAUAUCACGUUCAGUUUUUUGGAGAUGUCCCAGAGCGAGCUUGGAUAUUUGAGAAGAGCCUUGUGCCUUUCAAAGAAAAAGACCAAUUUGAACAAUUAUGCCAGGAAAGUGCAAGACAAGCCCUCACUAAAGCAGAGAAAAUAAAGAUGUUAAAGCCUGUGUCGGGGAAGCUGCGGCCACAGUGGGAGAUGGGUGUGAAGCAAGCGAGUGAAGCAGCUGGCAUGACAGUGGAAGAACGGAAGGCCAAGUACACCUUCAUCUAUGUUAGGGACAGACCUCAUCUUAAUCCUCGAGUGGCAAAGGAAGUUGGCAUUACUGAGGAACCGCCAGAGGAGAUAGAUGAGUCAUCUUACUCAAAUGAAGAAACCACUCCAAACCUGAGAUCGAUGAAGGAGUCUGGCAUUCCUAACAAGAGGAGGAGAAGGACAUCAAAACUGUCUGCCAUUGAUGAUACACAAGAAAGCAGUCAGUUGGAGGAUAAGAAUACUACUCCUCAAAAGUCAUCUGAUCAGGCAGAAUCCAAAAGAGGGAUAGGCUCCCCUCUCAAUAGAAAGAAAACUCCGGCGUCUACUCCGCGAAGCAGAAAGGGCGAUGCAGUAUCUCAGUUUUUGGUCUUUUGUCAGAAGCACAGAGAUGAGGUGGUUGCUGAACAUCCAGAUGCUUCAAGUGAGGAGAUUGAAGAAUUGCUCGAAUCGCAGUGGAACAUGCUUAGUGAAAAACAGAAAGCUCGCUAUAACACAAAGUUUGCCAUAGUGACCUCCCCCAAAUCUGAAGAAGACUCUGGUUCAUCAUUGAAGAAUAUUGGAGAGGCCAAACGUAAAGUGUUUCAAGACUCACCUAAAAGGAGAUCAAGAUCCAGAAGUAAUUUACAUGGAAAUAAAAGAAACCAAAAAAAGAGGACAAAGGAACCUACAGAAGAUUUUGAAGUUCAGGAAGCACCUAGGAAAAGACUCAGGAUGGAUAAACAGAAUAAUCGGAAGAGGGAGACAAGCAAUGACAAAACAGCAAAAACAAACUCUUCUAAGGUCACAGAAACCUCCUCUUCACAAAAGAACCAGUCAGCAACGAAAAAUCUGUCUGAUGCAUGUAAACCUCUGAAGAAGCGAAAUCGGGCUUCAGCAGCAGAAUCUUCAACUCUUGCUUUUAGCAAGAGUUCAUCUCCUUCAGCUUCCUUAACUGAGAAUGAGAUCUCCGAUGGCCAAGGAGAUGAGCGGUCAGAGUCUCCCUAUGAAAGUGCUGAUGAAACUCAGACUGAAGUGUCUAUAUCAUCCAAAAAAUCUGAGCGAGGAGCAGGAACAAAAAAAGAAUAUGUGUGUCAGCUGUGUGAAAAAACAGGUGAUCUCCUACUGUGUGAAGGACUUUGCUAUCGAGCUUUUCAUGUAAGCUGCCUUGGGCUCUCUGGAAGACCAGCAGGAAAAUUCAUUUGUAGUGAAUGUACAUCAGGUGUGCACACCUGUUUUGUGUGUAAGGAGAGAAAGGCAGAUGUGAAACGCUGUGUCGUAUCUCACUGUGGAAAAUUCUACCAUGAAGCUUGUGUGAAAAAAUUUCAUCUUACUGUGUUUGAGAACAGGGGGUUUCGAUGUCCUCUCCACAGCUGCCUCAGUUGUCAUGUCAGUAACCCCUCACAUCCACGAAUUUCAAAAGGGAAGAUGAUGCGCUGUGUCCGCUGUCCCGUUGCGUACCACGCCGGAGACAUUUGCAUUGCCGCGGGAUGCGCCGUCAUCGCCUCCAACAGCAUCGUCUGCACCAACCAUUUCACUGCCAUGAAGGGGAAAAGCCACCAUGCCCAUGUCAAUGUCAGCUGGUGCUUUGUGUGUUCCAAAGGUGGAAGCUUGCUGUGCUGCGAGUCGUGUCCAGCAGCCUUUCAUCCCGACUGCUUAAACAUUGAAAUGCCAGAUGGGAGCUGGUACUGCAACGACUGCAGGGCGGGCAAGAAGCUCCAUUUCCAGGAUAUUAUUUGGGUUAAACUGGGAAAUUACAGAUGGUGGCCUGCAGAAGUUUGCCAUCCGAAAAACGUUCCCCCAAAUAUCCAGAAAAUGAAGCAUGAAAUCGGAGAAUUUCCUGUGUUUUUCUUUGGUUCUAAGGAUUACUAUUGGACGCACCAAGCACGGGUGUUCCCUUACAUGGAGGGAGACAGAGGGAGUAGAUACCAAGGGAUCAAAGGAAUUGGAAAAGUCUUCAAAAAUGCUUUGCAAGAAGCUGAAGCUCGAUUUCGAGAAAUAAAGCUACAGCGAGAAGCCAAAGAAACCCAGGAGAGUGAACGCAAACCUCCACCAUACAAGCACAUUAAGGUGAAUAAACCUUGUGGUAAAGUGCAGAUAUACACUGCUGACAUAUCUGAGAUUCCCAAGUGCAACUGCAAACCCACAGAUGAAAACCCUUGCGGCUUUGAUUCCGAGUGCCUCAACCGGAUGCUGAUGUACGAGUGCCAUCCCCAGGUUUGCCCAGCGGGGGAGAGGUGCCAAAACCAGUGCUUUACAAAGCGCCAGUACCCCGAGACCAAGAUCAUCAAAACUGACGGGAAAGGGUGGGGUCUGGUCGCCAAGAGGGACAUCAAAAAGGGAGAGUUUGUGAAUGAGUAUGUGGGAGAGCUGAUUGAUGAAGAGGAAUGUAUGGCAAGAAUCAAAUAUGCACAUGAAAAUGACAUUACCCACUUCUAUAUGCUUACUAUUGAUAAGGACCGUAUUAUUGAUGCUGGCCCCAAAGGAAACUACUCUCGGUUUAUGAAUCACAGCUGCCAACCAAAUUGUGAAACUCUAAAGUGGACAGUGAAUGGGGACACUCGUGUCGGGCUGUUUGCUGUGUGUGAUAUUCCUGCAGGGACGGAGCUGACUUUUAAUUACAACCUUGACUGUCUGGGCAAUGAAAAAACAGUCUGCAAAUGCGGUGCCCCAAACUGCAGUGGAUUUCUUGGGGACAGACCAAAGAAUUCUUCCACUAAUGCCUCAGAAGAAAAAGGCAAAAAGACCAAAAAGAGAACACGGAGACGCAGAAUGAAAAAUGAAGGGAAGAAGGAAUCUGAAGAUGAUUGUUUCCGUUGUGGGGAUGGAGGCCAGCUGGUACUGUGUGACAGGAAAUCUUGUACUAAAGCUUAUCAUCUCUCCUGUCUUGGUUUGGUGAAACGUCCUUUUGGGAAGUGGGAGUGUCCUUGGCACCACUGUGAUGUUUGUGGCAAACCUUCUGUUUCUUUCUGCCACUUCUGCCCAAAUUCUUUCUGCAAGGAGCACCAAGACAGGACAGUACUAAAUUCUAUGUUGAAUGGACAGUUAUGCUGCUCUGAACAUGUUCUCGGGGUGGAUUCUGUUGAAACUCGGAAGACUGAGAAACCCCGCAGAAAACUGAACAAGUUGAAGCCGAGGAGAAAGAGGAACAGAUGGAUGAGAGCUGAAUGCAAAUAGUCAUGGACUGCAGUUUCUACUGCUAACACUAUCUUGUAGAUAAGUUGUGAAUAUGACCAGGGAAGGACACAGUUUUACAUAUAUUCUGUAAAGGUUACAUGGGAGGGGGGGAUUUUUUGUUUUUGUUUUUAUAAUUCCACUGAGCCAACCACAGCAGUCUUCUGCUGCUUCUGCACUGAUAACGAACUGCAUAGUUCAGUAAACUUCAGGACAAACCAAACUUAUUACUCAGCAUUACAGUUACACUUGAAUUGUUACGAAUGUAAAAUGUUCCCUCCAAAAUACUUGCAGGUUGGAGGUAGGUUAAAAAUCAAACCAGGUAGGCGUAAACAUAGUUUUUUGAGAUAGUAUUUGUCAACCAACAGAUGUUUAAAAUAGUAUAUCCUUGAAAGAAGUUGUUAGCUCUCAAGUCCUUUUGAGUAAGAAAUGGCUUGGUCUGUGGUCCCAAUAAGAUUUGCUUGCCUUGUGUGUUUUUGAGCAAGUGCUUGAAUGCCAGUCAUGGUCCAGGUGUGUAUCUCGCUAUAACCACACACACAACAAUUCGUUUGUGCUCUUAGAAAAUUAUUAUCAAACAAUCAUGUUCUUAAAUAUCCUUCCACCAAGAAAUGUACUGCAUGGUGGGAAAGGCAUACCCCAUACCAGAGAGGGGAAAUCCUACUUUGUUAGGGAUUUUUUUUCUAUACUGUUUUUUCCUGUGUUUCAUCCCAGCAAAAUAGAAGCGACUUGAUCCUGCAGAGCUGUACAAGUCAGGAUUUAAAGGGAUAUUGUCUUGCAGUCUAGGGCCAAUACCCUAGGAUUUUUGUGUUUUAAUAAAAAUAAAUCUUACAAAACCUAUUAUUUGGAAAAAAUUACUUGGUCUUUUUUUUUCCUUAAUGUCAGGUAAAACACAGAUGCAAACAUUUCUUUGGAAUGCUUGGAGUCCAAGCACUACAACUUUAUGAUAAUGCAAGAAAUGCCCAGCAACAGGUAAAACCACCCCUGUGAAUGAAACAGAAGGUGAAACUUGACUAAAGUGCAAAAACUAAAUUCAAAACAACUAAGUAAAAGUGAAAUAGAUUUUUGAAGAAGCACAUAAGGAGUAACUUUAAUACAAAAUUUAGCCUGACUGUUCCUUUCAAUAAAGUUUGUAACUGGCUACUUGACUUGACAGACUGAAAUUAUUUGUUACAAUUUUACAAGCUCUGCUCUUGACUAUCUCAUCACCACUGUGUUGUGUCAGCAAAGCUGUUUUGAAUCCUUUGCUCUCAUCAGCGUUGGGUUCUCACAGUGAGAUGAAUAUAGGAGAUUUAGUAUUGAUGGAAAUAUUAGAACUAGGAAAAAACGGUAAAGAAAAACACGUGGCAGUUUUCUUCCCAGUGCAUGUCCUUGGCCCCGUGAUUAGGCAGCAUUACAAGCACAUUUUGACUUGUGCCAUUGUCAUCUACCCUCUGUAAACACCACGGGCGCCUCCACGUCCAUUUAGUCAUUUGUGUAUGUUCUAGCUUAGUUUGCCUUUAAUAGUGCAAAAACUCUGUGUAGCCCUUUUGAAAAUGAAGCCUUGCUAUAUCAUGAAAGUGUAUGGUUUUUUCCCAAGGUAUUUCUUCAGGAUUUGAUUGAAGAUAUAGUUUUUUUGAAUUAUUAAAAUCCCUGUUUAUUCCCAACACAUAAAAACUUUGGUUUUAUUAGAAGGUAUUAAUUGAAAGAGGUUUUAAAUGUCGCAUUACCAUAUUCUGAACUCUUUUGUUCCUGUUUUGUGACCAAACUGCUUUGUUCUUUGAAUCAGAUUUUAUAAACACUGUUGGAAGGUUAAUUUUUUUCAAAUAAUUUUGAAGAAAUAGCACAGGUCAGAAUCAGGGGAAGUGUUACAUGUUUGUAUUUCUUGAAAUGGUAUGCCAAGCCUUGCAUUCGAGCUAAAAUUCAAGAUUCCUUAAUUGGUUUUGAGGGAAACUUUCUGCCAUGGGACUGAAGAAAAGUCCUGUGCCUAAAAUCAAAACCAAAAGAUGGUACCAUGGAUGUUUCUCUAAUAUUGGGGUUUGCGGGGAGGAAAACGAGGUCAGGUAGUAAAGCAGAAAUAUUUUCCUCAUUGCUUUUAAACAAAAUGAAGGAAUUUGAUGUCAUUGGGACCAUUCUUUGAAUACUAUACUGUGUAAGGAAGGCUUUUAAGUAAGUUAUUAUAAAAUUUUACCUUUACAUUCCAUUGAUUUUAUAAUUUGUUAAUUUCUUUUAGUUGGUGUGUUGCUUUUUCCUCUUCAUGUGUAGGUGUAACAGCUCUGGCACUCUGGAACAGUGAGAGGCAGAAGCCACUGUCUCAAACAGUUACUGACGUGCACUGCUGCAGUAACACCCUCCGGUUUGGGAUCAGGUACGGAGCCUGCAGCUCCCUGCCCACCUCUCCGGUGGGAUCACAAGCACAUUUAUCACAGCAGGAUGCAGGACAGCCACCCCUUUGUGUCUGUCUGUGGGGACAUAAGGACUUGGGUGUCCAAAGCGACCCCUCCGAGCCCUCCUUACAUUCGCACAAACAGAUCUGAGGGAGCGGCUGCUCCACUUCCCGCCUCCUUCUACCUCUUCCCUGCUCUUUACUACUCAGCUCUCGGGGCCAAUGAAGCUUUGCAUCAUUGAGACUGCAAACCAGGAGUUCCCUUUUGAGUUCCCAGUGAUUCGUUCCUUCUGCUGGGCACAUCCUUUAGACUGAUCUUUAAAAGAAAUGUGGAUCAUAUUCCCCCUCAGUACGUACUGACCUGCUCAGCUCAGUCACUCACGUGGCAGUCUGGGACAGUUUUAGUUUCUGAGUCAAGAAAGGUGGGCUUUAGGUGUGUUUUAAUGAAGGCUUCUGUACCCUGCUCUGCAGCCUGGGAAAAUAGGCCAAAGUUUUGUUUAAAAAAGAGGGCAAAAGAGAAGUUGUUCUGCUGUUUUCCUUCUCCCACUGUGCUGGUUUAAAAGUAAACCGGCGGGAGAAAUGAAUCCAACUCCAGAGAGAUUGUAAGUCAGAGUUAAAACUUACAAAAAACUAUUACAAUAGAUGCAAUGAUACAGAGAAAAACUGGUUUUAACCCCCAAAGACAGAUGUAUAACCCAGUCCCUGGGACAGAGAUGACCUCUCAGGCUGGGUGUGAAGGUGCUAAUGCCUCCCCGGAGGGGGGUUAUCACAGCUGAGUCUUUGGUGUGAAGACAAAGAAACGCUCCUUGCAGAGUUCUUUAACACCUGGCUUGUAGCUUCAGGUGUCAGGUGUGCCCUGGGCAGCUGCUGCAAAUGAUCCAUUAUUACCAGUCCAUCAGAAAUGACAUAGAGGGUGUAGGAUACACAGUUUUGGUUAUACCCACAAGGUGAUAAACUGGUCCCAGUCCCUGUAACUAAGACACCCACUGUUCAAAUAAGAGGUAAAACAAUCUUCAAAAAUUGAGCUUUCUCAUGAUGCAACUCAGUACUUCCUAGCAUUCAGCAACCUAAAAGGUGUUCUGUUAUAAAUUCAUCUAAACAAAAUCUAAGUGUGGCAAAUUAUGUGGCCUUAAAUUAUGUUCUUUGUGUCUUGCCCAUCAAAGUAGCAAAAUGUCUUUCCUUUUCCAAACAAAAGCUGAUACGUGACAGCCAAUUUCAGAAUUUGUUGUUCUUUUAUCACAUGAGCAAGAAUGGGAACAGUUUUCAGUUGAAUAUGUUAGAUGUAUUUUCAUACACUCUAGGAAGAAUAAUCAAAUGUCUGUUUUGUUCAGUAGCUUUGUGUUCAUGGUCAGGUUUAGGUUUUCUUUUUUUUUAAUUUGAAUUACUUGGAAAAGCAAAAUAUCUUGAAAGACGUAUUAAUGGGAUUUUUCCACAUUGUUGAGUCAUAUUAUUCCAUGUCUGACUGCUUGAGAAACUUCAAUGUCUUAUUAAAUAUUGUAUUUCAUUCCUAGUUAUUUAAGAAGUUGCUAAGUGUUUUUUAUAAAACAGCUCUAUAUACUUAUUUUUGCACCAAAUUUUUUUCUUUAAAGAAAAAUGAUACAUACUAGGCAAGCAUGGUUUGACAGCGAGGGAAUGGGGUUUUGUUCUUUCAUAGGGAAAACUUACACUCCAGGACUUCCUAAGAGACGCCAUGGAAAUACUGUUUUAUGCUUACAUGGAGGUGAUAGUGAUUGUGCUCUGGCUUGUUUUCACAGCUUCUUUUAUCACAAAAAUACUGACAUUUUUUGCAGUCCAGUUUUUCCUGUGAGAGUGCUGUGCUCAUAAUUCUACAGGCUCUAGUGGCACUGAGCUGGAGCCACUCAGCCCGACCA